CAGGGCCUUCUGCUUCUUCUGCUACAAUGAUGGAAUGACCAGUGAUGAUUCCUUAAAAACAAAUUGCAUUGCUUGAGGGUGGUGAUGGUUCAAGUUCCUCCUUUAUCUGAUCUGUGAGAUGAGCUCAGAACACUGAAGUUGGCACUUUUGUAUUAUGCGUUUCUGGAACAGGGCUGGUUAGAGGAAAAACAAAUUCCAGUAAAAUAUAGAUUUGAGGAAGUUUUAAAUGUAAAUGUUUAAAUACCAAGCACUUUUUUGUCAUAUUAUCCCGUUUUAUGUUUUUGCUGUGCAGCACUUUGUGAUUUGUAUCUGUGAAAAGUGCUAUAGAAAUAAUACAUAAAGACACACACUCACACACAAACUUGUUUGUAUGUCCUAGUGAGGACACAAGGUCAUAAGCACACACACACACACACACACACACGCAGAUGACAGAGGGAGUCAUGUUUUUUUUUUGUUCUCGCGCUCCGACGUCACCAGAACCUCGAGCCUCUGCACGCGAAUCACGUCUCUACUCGAGCCUCUCCAUUGGACGUCCCUCGCUCAUAGCUGCUGUCAGAGCGCGCGGCCCGGGCACGCUCCGGUAACUUUUCCCAGUCCAGCUUCAACCAAAGUCAAAUAACAACUUUAUUUUCUUCUCAGCGCUGGAUGACGGAGGGGGGGAAUAAGUAGAAGAGUUACCUGAGAGUGAAUUUUCACCCGGAGACCAAAGCAGCUCCCCCCCACCCAGCUCCUUCUUCUCUUUAUCUCUCGGUGGUUUCAGUCUGAAUGUGUUUGACUGAAAAGUUCAGUCCUUAAAGACCAGCUGAAUGUACAGCAUCAUGAUGGAAACGGACUUGCAUUCCUCCAUGGUCCCCCAGACCAACGCGUCCAACCCGGGGGGACAAGGCGGUGGAGGAGGAGGAGGCGGCCCUGGGGGUAAAGUCCCUCAGGAGAGAAUCAAAAGACCCAUGAACGCUUUCAUGGUGUGGUCCCGGGGCCAGCGGAGGAAAAUGGCACAGGAGAACCCGAAAAUGCACAACUCAGAGAUCAGCAAGCGGUUGGGCGCUGAGUGGAAGAUGAUGACCGAGACGGAGAAGAGACCGUUUAUCGACGAGGCGAAGCGGCUCCGGGCCAUGCACAUGAAAGAACACCCGGACUACAAGUACCGGCCGCGGAGGAAGACUAAGACGCUGCUGAAGAAGGACAAGUACUCUCUCGCUAGCGGGCUCCUCGGUUCCUCUGCGGGCGUAGGGAUGGGCGGCAGACAGAGUCCCGGCGGGGGGCACGCAGGGGCGAAUGCGGGCUACGCCGCGCAUGUGAACGGCUGGGCGAACGGCACAUACUCCGGACAAGUGGCAGCUGCAGCUGCGGCCGCGCACGCCAUGAUGCAGGAGGCGCAGCUGGCGUACACGCAACACCCGGGCACCGGGGCUCACCCGCACCAUCACCCGCAUCACCACCAUCACGCACACAACCCGCAGCAUAUGCACAGGUACGACAUGAGCGCUUUGUCUUACAGUCCCAUCUCGAACUCUCAGAGCUACAUGAGCGCGUCACCGCCAGGCUACGGUGGCAUCACGGGCUACACUCACCAGCACCAGAGCUCCGGUGUGUCCCCGGUGUCCGGUGCCAUCAGUGGCACCUUGGGCUCUCUGGUGAAAUCGGAGCCGAGCCUAAGCCCGCCGGUGUCCGCCGCACGCGCACCUCAGCCGUGCCACACCGGGGACCUUCGGGACAUGAUCAGCAUGUAUCUACCCACCGGCGAGGCUGUGGCUGGGGACUCCUCCGUUCAGAGCCGACUCCACGUGCUCCACCCGCAGCACUACCAGAGCAGCGGCUCCACUCCGGUAAACGGGACGGUUCCUCUGACUCAUAUUUAAUUCUCCCUGCACCAUGGAGUCACUACCAAAUAUAAAAAGUAUGGGUUCAGGCUGCCGAAGAACUGUACAUUAUUGGGCCAUAAAAAUGCAAUGACUUUGAACAAACAGUUUUUUAUUAUUAUUAUUUAUUAUUAUUAUUAUUAUUAUUAUUAUCAUCAUUAUUAUAUUGUUAUUGUUUUUAUUCUCAUUCAGUGAUGAAUUUCUCUUGCUCUCGGGAGAAGAUUAUUAUUAAAUGAUCAUCUGUGAAGGCUGGUGCAGUUUGAAGUGGAUUUUUUUGUUGUUGUUUUUUUCUGUGGAGUUAAAAGCAUCAGCCGUGUGUUUGUCACUCAUGUAGAUUCUUGGCAUUCAUUUUAAUUUUUUCUUAAUCGAUUUCCACUUUUCAUGCUUGUAAACACGUGAGUCAGUCGUUUUUAUUGUUGUAAAUUCUUGUAAAUUGUGAAUAAAAUAGGGUCAAUACUGAAAAUGCUUUUUUAUGAAAGGUAUUAAUAACAAUUGACAAAAUAUGCUAAGUUCCGUUGCUUUUCGGAUUGAAGUCCAAAAAAUUAAAGAAAAUGAAUAAUUCCCUGAGCUAAAUAUUUUUUCAUAAUUUCAUCACAGAGAAAGUUAAUAUUGUUGCUAUUUAUUUAUUCAGGUUCACCCUCAUAAUCAUCUUUUAUUUACUUUUAUUCUACUGG